AUGGAUACAAAGCAACAUACUUCAAUAAGUCAUACAGUUAAAGAAACAGCGAAUUGUAUUUAUGAACGUUUACGUUCAGGAAUUUCUCGCGAUGUUUCAGCUACAAGAUCAACUUCACAUAUAAUUUUUGUUUUUGGUGCAUCUGGUGAUUUAGCUAAAAAGAAAAUUUAUCCAACACUUUGGUGGCUUUAUCGUGACGGAUUUUUACCUGAACAUGUUCGUAUUAUUGGCUAUGCUCGUAGUCAAUUAACAGUAGAAAAAAUUUUUGAAAAUGCUGCAAAAUAUAUGAAAGUUCAAGAAGAUGAACAUGUUAAAUAUAAACAAUUUAUUGAUCUUAAUUCAUAUAUUGCUGGUUCAUAUGACAAUGGAAAGGAUUUUGAAAAUUUAAAUCAUCAAGCUAAUAAAUUAUCAAAACAAGAAAGUGCACAUCGACUCUUUUAUUUAGCAUUACCACCCAGUGUUUAUGAAUGUGUUACAGAAUUAAUUAGUUUACAUUGUCGACCAAAAUCACCUGGUUGGUUACGUUUAGUUGUUGAAAAACCAUUUGGUAAAGAUCUUGAAAGUUCAAAUAAAUUAUCAACACAUUUAAGUAAAUUUUUUACGGAAGAAGAAAUUUAUCGUAUUGAUCAUUAUUUGGGAAAAGAAAUGGUACAAAAUAUAAUUGUACUUAGAUUUGCAAAUCAAAUUUUAUCAAGAGUUUGGAAUAGAGAUUCGAUUGCAGCAGUUAGUAUUAUUUUUAAAGAAGAUAUUGGAACACAAGGAAGAGGUGGUUAUUUUGAUGAAUUUGGAAUUAUUCGAGAUGUAAUACAAAAUCAUUUAAUGCAAAUAUUAUCAAUUGUUGCCAUGGAAAAACCACGCUCAACUAAGGGCGAAGAUAUUCGUGAUGAAAAAGUAAAAGUAUUACGUUCUGUACGACCAAUUAAACUCGAAGAUGUUGUUAUUGGACAAUAUGUUGGUGAUAAAAAAUCAACAGAUCCCGAACGUCAACAAGGAUAUUUAGAGGAUAAAGGUGUACCAAAAGAUUCAACAACACCAACAUAUGCACAAGUUAUUCUUUCAAUUAAUAAUGAACGUUGGGCUGGUGUACCAUUUAUUCUUCGUGCAGGUAAAGCAUUAAAUGAGAAAAAAGCUGAAAUUCGUAUUCAAUUUCGUGAUGCACCUGGUGGAAUGUUUGAUGAAGAUAUUAAGAGCAAUGAUCCAAAUGGCAGAUUAGCUCGUGAUGAACUUGUUAUACGUGUACAACCAAAUGAAGCUAUUUAUCUGAAAGUAAAUACAAAACGACCUGGCGAAAUGAGUUUUAGUAUUGAAGAAACUGAAUUAGAUUUAACAUAUGGUGAACGUUAUCAAGGUGUUAAAUUACCUGAUGCAUAUGAACGUUUAAUACUUGAUGUACUUACGGGUUCAAAAAUAAAUUUUGUACGUUCAGAUGAAUUACAAGAAGCAUGGCGUAUUGUUGAUCCAAUACUUGCUGAAAUAGACAAGAAAAAAAUUCCAAUUAUACCAUAUACAUUUGGUACUUUUGGAAUACCUGAAGCUUUUGAUGCUGCAGCAAAACAUGGUUAUAUAUUUCGAGGUACUUAUGUUUGGAAAGAUGAACGAGCGGUAUUAGUCUCAUAUAAAGAACAAACAAAAGCUGAAAAUAAAAAAUGA